AAUCUAUUUAGUUUGAUGAUCUAUUUUUUAGCUCCAAUUUGAUUGGAGUAAUCACUAUAAUACUAAGUCUAAAUAACUACUAUGUGCUUAAAAAACUAAUAUAUUAUGAUUUUUAUAUAUUUGUUAUUACAUGGCUUAUGAUGAUGAUUGUUUUUUUUCAUAUAUAAUUUUUUUAGCGAGAUGAAGGUUUUAAUCAUCGGUGACUCCAUGUGUAAGUAUUUAAGACCCCACAUACCUGAUAAUGUUAUGGGGCAUAAGGUACAUGUAAGGAGUUUCCCUGGAUUUAAGAUAAAAGGUUUGAUUGAGAAGGUAAAAGAGGUAAAUGGAUUUGGUGUUGUUGUCCUUCAUAUUGGUUCAAAUGAUUGUGAUAAAGACGCCAAAGAAAAUUUCUCUGCAUACCAGCAGUUACUUAAGGAAGUGGAGGUUGAGAAUCCAAACUGUCAGAUUUUCAUCACCAAAAUAUUCAAACGAAGACCAAAUGGCUUUUUACCAGUUCAACGACGGCUUUCUGAAAGGCGGAGAUUGAGAAACUGGAAUUCUAAUGUUGAAGCCUUAAAUGAAAUGCUAAGUAAUGAAGCCGUGAGGAAUGCAAAUCUCCACUUUUGCUGUUCUCCUAAAGUCAAUUGGGACAGAUACCUAGGGCGUGAUGGUGUGCAUUUUGAUAGGACAGGAAAUGAGAUCUUUGCUGAGUACAUGACUGUUAUUUUGUCUGGAUACUUUGCAUGGCUUUUAAAAUGCAAAACUGAGAGAACAGUAGUGUCCUUGUCUAAGACACCUGUACUCAAAGUCGCUCAGCACUCAGAGACACCAAAGGCGGAAAGAAAGCAAGAACUUUAUUCUGCCAUUUUAAAGAGAGGUUUAAAGAGGGCUAUUCCUGUUUCUGAUCUUCCCUGUGAAACGGAUAAAGCUAAGGAUUCGAGUACAGAUGAACCACCCACAUCUGUUAUUUUGCCCCUUGCCACUGAAUUGCAUAGUGAGGCUAAAUGUAACAGCAGUUCAGGCUGGACUCUUGUUGGCCGAAGGCGUGGAUGCAAAGGACAAAAAUUUUCAUCAUUGUGUGAGGAAGUGCCAUGCCCAAAAGGAUUGAUUUGUUCUGGAGCUAAAGAAGACUAUGCUGAUACUGAUUGUACAGUUUCUCAGUUUGCCUCCUUCUAUGGCAAAAAGUCUAAGAGAAGGGAUUGUUCUGUUACAAAAGUAAAGAAUGCGGGAUCUAAAGAUACAAUUUCUGGGCGCAAUAAGUCUAGAACUGUUGCAAAGAAGGAAAAGACUGCUUCUGGAUGUUCAAAUUCUGAUCGCAAUAAGUCUAGGAGAGCUGUUCCUAAGGAAGAAAAUACUACUUCUGGCUGUUCAGUUACUGGUCGCAAUAAGUCUAGGAGAACUGUUGCUAAGGAAGAAAGUACUACUUCUGGCUGUUCAGUUUCUGGGCAUAAUUGUGAAAAUUGCAUUUGCUUAAAAGACAGUGACUGUAUGCAUUCCUUUCAAGUAAGUCCAAGUUUGUUGUUAACAUCUGAUAGUUAUAGUUUAGGUUAUUUAGAUGAUAAUAGUUUUAAGUUUUUGUUUCAUUACUAUGCAAAUCAGACAUUUUCUUCAAGUAUUCUCAAACAAUCAGUUUUAGAUAGUUAUAGUUUAAGUUAUGCUAAUUAUAUAACUCAUUCAUUUUUUUAUAAUUCUCAUUCCCCUCUAGUUACUUCUUUAAGGUAUCCUGUUUGGUCAGUGUCAGGUUAUAGUUUUAGUUAUUUAGAUAUAUUUAGUAAGCAUUUAUUAGUUAAUAUAGCUAACUAUUCUUGUUGUGGUGGUGCUCCCAAAACUGCUUAUGAAAAGUAUUGUGCUUUAUGUAAGAAAACUUACCAUUCCUCGUCUUCAUUUAGUAACCAUCGUAAAAACUGCAAUUCAGCUCUUCCUGCAACUUUGGAUAAUGAGAGUUGUGAGACUCUAAAAUGCGAUAGUUGUUCAAAGACAUUUCCGUUUAAGUCCCAUUUAAUUCGACAUAGUAAUUGUUGUCCUAAUCUUGCAUACCCUUGUCCGUAUCAUGAGUGUAAUUACAGGUUUCGUUUUGUUUUGCAUGCCAUAAAGCAUAGUAUUGAUGAGCAUGGUNACAUAUUGCUAUUUCUUUUUAGUUAA